GGUAAGAUAAACCUGCAAUAAGCAACCUCAAAUUCAAGAUUAGCCAAAAGGUGAAGCUGAUCGGAAAUACUACCUUCUGAUGGCUGCUCCGGCUAUGGAAGGAGUCGCCGUGACGGCUCUUCGAACCGUUCUCCACCGAGUCCGACAGGCGGCGGAGAGGUCUGGCCGUCGUGCCGAUGAUGUGAGAGUCGUUGCUGUUAGCAAGACGAAACCUAUUUCUCUAAUCGAACAAGUCUAUGACUCCGGCUACCGUUGUUUUGGCGAAAAUUACGUCCAAGAGAUCGUGGAGAAGGCUCCUCAACUGCCGAAUGAUAUUGAAUGGCAUUUCGUUGGGCAUUUGCAAAGCAAUAAAGCGAAAUCUCUUCUAGCCGCGGUUCCACAUCUAGCCAUGGUUGAGGGAGUCGACAAUGAGAAGGUUGCAAAUCAUCUUGAUCGUGCAGUCUCAAGCAUUGGAAGAAAGCCAUUGAAGGUUUUGGUCCAAGUGAAUACCAGUGGUGAAGAAUCAAAAUCUGGUAUUCAUCCGUCAAAGUGCGUAGAUCUUGUGAAACAUGUUUUGAGUUGUCAUAAUCUUGAUUUCUCUGGCUUAAUGACAAUAGGAAUGCCGGAUUAUUCAUCAACCCCACAGAAUUUCAAGAGGCUAUCAGACUGUCGAACAGAGGUCUGCAGAGCACUUGGAAUGAUGGAAGAUCAAUGUGAACUAUCGAUGGGAAUGUCGGGUGAUUUCGAGCAAGCUAUUGAAAUGGGCAGCACCAAUGUGAGAAUUGGAUCGACAAUAUUCGGUCCUAGAGAAUACCCAAUGAAGAAGUGAUGUGUUAGUAACUAACAACACACUCUUAUAUAUAUGUAAUGAAAGGAAAUUAUACAAUGUUAAUCACUUGUUUGUAAAUUGUAACAAUUGUCAUCUUUAUUUUGUUACAAUACAAAAAUUAUAUUGAAAAUAAAAGAAUUAUUACCUCUAUAAUAUAGGAUAUCAUAAGCAAAGAAUAUGGGAAAGUUUAAUUCUAUAAAUUUGAGAUAUAGAAGGUUGAAUAGAGAUACUCUUAAAUUGUAUUGGAUAAGAUUUUUAUAAUUUCUUGUAAUUGUAAUGUUCAUUA